GGCCAAAAACCCAGCUGAUAUUCCUAUAAAUAGUUCUUUUCCACACUUAUUUGAAGCAGAGGGGGGAGAUUUCCGAAGAGCACAGGAGCCUGAACGGCAACCUCUCAGAAAAGCUGAGAGAACACGGCAGCAAUGAGUGAGAUCACCAAGAACUCCUUGGAGAGGGCCCUACAGCAGCUAAAGUGCCAUUUCACUUGGAACUUGAUGGAGGGAGAAAAGUCCUUGGAUGACUUUGAAGACAGAGUGCGUAACCAGACAGAGCUCCAGAAUAGUGAGUUCAAAGCCACGGCGUGCAACCUACUGGCCUACAUCAAGCACUGCCGAGGUCAGGAUGCAGAGGCCCUGCAGUGCCUGCAGCAGGCAGAAGAGCUCAUCCAGAGACAGCAUGCUGGCCAAGCCGAAGUCCGGAACCUGGCCACAUGGGGAAACUACGCCUGGGUCUACUACCACCUGGGUAGACCCCAGGACGCUCAGAAAUAUGUCGACAAGGUGAAACGCGUGUGUGAGAAGCUCUCCAGCCCCUACAGGAUCAUGUGUCCUGAGAUGAGCAAUGAGGAAGGGUGGGCCCGGCUCAAGUGUGGAGGAAGCCAGAAUGGGAGGGCACAGGUGUGCUUUGAGAAGGCUCUGGAACAGCAGCCAAACAGCCCAGAAUCUGUCUGCGGCCUGGCCAUCGCGACUUUCCGUCUGCAUGACGGCCCACCCCCGGAGACUCCCACUGGCCUCCUGCGGCAGGCCAUUCGGCUGAAUCCUGACAACCAGUAUCUGAAAGUGCUCUUGGCCCUGAAACUCCAAAAGACAAAGGCAGAAGAGGAAGGAGAGAGGUUGGUAGAAGAGGCCUUGGAGAAAGUCCCGUGCACAACAGCUGUGCUCCGCAGUGCAGCAAGGUUUUACCGCAGCAAAGGCGACCUGGACAAAGCCACAGACCUGCUUGGAAGGGCUUUGGAAGGCACACCGAAUAAUGCCCACCUGCACUUCCACAUUGGGAGCUGCUACCGGGCAAAAGUCCUCCAAAUGCAGAGAGAAAAUGAGCUCUGUGGACAAAGAGAGGACUUAGAGAGACUGGUAAGAAAAGCUGUGCAUCAUUUGAAGAUAGCUGAUGAGAGCAAUGGGACAUUCUCCCUUGCCUGCUCCUAUCUGGCCGGCCUCUAUGCACAGGUGGGCCAGUAUGAAGACGCGGAGCAUUACUUCCAAAAGGAGCUCGGCAAAGAGCUUACUCCAUCAGCCAAGCAAGUGCUCCACCUGCGCUAUGGCAACUUUCAGCUGUAUCAGAUGAAGUGUGAAGACGAGGCCAUCCACCACUACGUGGAGGGUGUGAAAAUAGACCAGGAGUCAAAGGAGAAAGAGAAGAUGAAAACCAAACUGCACAGAAUCGCCACAGCAAGGCUGUCAAAAGAUAAAGACGACUCCAAAGCUUUGCACCUUCUGCGAUUCCUCGAGGAGCAGAAUGAAGAAACACCACAGAUGGAAACCCUGAGAGGAGUUUGGACUCUGGAAGCCUGACACUCACCCCUCUAGUUCAUGACAGAGGGCUCAGGAGAUGGUGUCCAGAGCAGAGCUGGAAGGCAGUUGAAAUGUCUCCACCAACUGGGUUUUCAAAAUGGUUAACAAGGGGCAUUUCAGGGAGGGGCUGGGUG